AUGGAAAGACCGCCAUUGAUUAUCUCCUCCAAACUAAGAGAUAGACAUGAUCUUCAGGAUGAGAAAGUAGAUGACCACUCACUGGUGGUGGAACGAGUCACAAAUGCUUUAGCAAGAUCAACCAACCUACAUGAUCUCCAUGAUGCUGAUAUGCCGGGCCAUGGGAAGGUGGGUGUUGAUAGUGCUGAUGUGCAAGACAUCGACAUUGAGGAACCGGAGGAUGGAAUGACCCUUGAUCAGCUCCCGGAAAUUAGAGUUGUUCACUCAUCCCGUCGAAGCUACCGAACCCUCCACGUCUCUCCAUUCUCAACAACCCUAAUUCCUCCCCAAUCUCUUAACAAGAAGAGCAAAAGAGCUGCAUUGCUGCCAUGGAGACAUUGGCUACUGAACACUGCUGAAAACAGUGCCCUCGGUGAUUUUGGAUCUGCCCUUGUUCCCUCCAGCAGCCGAUCUGAGUGUUCGCCAUUUUGUCAACCAUGGAGAAGGAAGCAAAGAAGGAGGCUUUUAGGAAGUAUUUGGAGUCCAGUGGUGUUCUUGAUGCUCUCACGAAAGUUCUUGUGGCAUUGUACGAGGAGAGUGACAAACCAAAUUCUGCUAUUGAGUGCAUUGAAUGAAGGAAACAAAUCUGGUUCUGUUUUCAAUUUUAUCCAACAAAAAUUAGGUGGGCCAUCAAUCUCUGACUAUGAAAAGCUUCAAGCAGAGAAGUCUGAUUUGCAAUUAAAGUAUGAUGAACUCUUGGCACAUCAUAGAGAAACAUGUAGGAGGCUGGAAGAACUUAGAAACACACUACCCAUGGCAAUCUGCAAGGAGAGUGUAGACCGAGAGACAACAAAAGAUGAAAUGCCGAUGAUCUGACUAAAGCCAUCAUUUGUUAUCUGUAAUGUGUUUGUGUUUAAUAGAGAUAGACUUGCCAUGUUUUGGAAUUAAACCUUUUGGCAACGCAUACUGAUAUGUAACCUUUCACAAAUCUAAGUAUGAAGUCAUGCUUAUUUUUGUUAUUGUGAA